ACCGGACGCUUCCCUUGCACACGUUCCUCCCUCCUUUCUCGUGUGGUUCAGAAUGGCUUCGCGAAAGGAUUCCGGCGCUACUCCGACUGCCACAAUGGCUUCAACGGGGAACACUUUGGACUCUCCCGUAAAGCAGAUACAGAUAGAAGGACUGGUGGUCUUAAAAAUAAUCAAGCAUUACCAGGAGGAGGGUCAGGGCAGUGAGGUGGUACAGGGUGUGCUGCUUGGCCUGGUGGUGGAGGACAGGCUGGAGAUCACCAACUGCUUUCCCUUCCCCCAACACACAGAGGACGAUGCUGACUUCGACGAAGUCCAGUACCAGAUGGAGAUGAUGCGAAGCCUGCGUCACGUCAACAUCGACCAUCUGCAUGUGGGCUGGUACCAGUCCACUUAUUAUGGCUCGUUUGUCAGCCGUGCCCUGCUCGACUCCCAGUUCAGCUACCAGCAUGCCAUCGAGGAGUCUGUUGUCCUCAUCUACGACCCUAUCAAAACGGCUCAGGGCUCUUUGUCCCUCAAGGCCUACAGGCUGACACCUAAACUGAUGGAGAUCUGCAAGGAGAAGGAUUUUACACCAGAGGGACUGAAGAAGGCCAACAUUGGGUUCGAGCACAUGUUUGAGGAAGUGCCCAUCGUCAUCAAGAACUCCCACCUCAUCAAUGUCCUGAUGUGGGAACUGGAGGAGAAGUCCACCGUGGCUGACAAACAUGAGCUGCUCAACCUCUCCAGCAGCAACCACUUGGAGAAGAGCCUGCAGCUUCUGAUGGACAGAGUGGAUGACAUGAGCCAGGACAUAGUCAAGUACAAUACCUACAGUCGCAACCUCAGCAAACAGCAGCAGCAGAAACACCAGUAUGUCCAGAGGCGCCAGCAGGAGAACACCCAGCGGCAGAGCAGAGGGGAACCCCCCUUGCCCGAGGAAGACAUCAGCAAGAUGUUCAAGCCUCCUCAGCCCCCUCCACGCAUGGACACCCUUCUCAUCGCAGGGCAAAUUAACAAUUACUGCCAGAAUGUGAAGGAAUUCACCUCUCAGAACCUUGGGAAGCUCUUCAUGGCUGAAGCUUUGCAAGGCCACAACAGCUAGAACAGAGAUGAAGAGAGAGGCUCCAGAGAUGCUCACCCGCCCUUCCACAAGAAGCCCCAUCAUUGGAUAAUUGCCGUGCCAGAUCUGUUAACAACAAACCAGUGACCAAACAGCAUAUUGACAGCAUAUUGACCAAACAGCAUAUUUUGAAAUUGUUUAUACCAAUUGAAGCAUUUGCUGCUGAUCCUCACAGAAAUACUUUUAUGUAAUUCCAAUUAAAAAACAUUGCAUCUCCUUUUA